UGAAAGAAAACCAUGUAUCAUGUGUCUCUCGUCUCACGUUGAGCAAUCGCUCUGUGCUUCAAGACCUGAAAUCGGUGCUUUGCCCUACUAAAGGUAACGACCACCUCGACAAGACCGGUGUAAUCAGAUCACGCCAAUGCAACCGAUCAAACGAUCGCAAUCCAGUAGGACGGCUUCCGGUAUUGGAUAUCUCUUGCAGAAAAUGAAGAAGAAAAACGAAGUGCUCAAGCACUGUGUUCCCGAGAGCCAUAACGGUAAUGACCCUCUUGAGCAGCAACUCGUAGCGCCCUCAACUGAGAAUAACAAUAAUUUCACAAACCUUCCACACCGCAAAGACAUUGUAGAUCUAGAGGGAGGCGUUGCCACAAGAGAAGUUUUCCGCACGAAGGCCUUGUGUAGGCGAGACGUCAGUGACGAACUACAAAACAACGACGUUACCGAUUUGAAAUGUGACAGACUGGACCUCAUCACUGCGCUAGCUGAAGCGUGUAGAGAGUGUAGACAAGGGUUUGCGACAAGCAAAGGCACUGUUGAAGAUACAAGCCGCCAAACACAGACCGAGAACGAUCGAAGCACAGAGUACAUCACACUGACAUGUACACCACCAGGAUCACCGCCCCUUACUCAUCACGCUUUAUCUUCCGAGAUACCAGCUGGGUACGAUUUUUACGCCCUUGAUGCUUACCACUCGGAUCCUGUACCCUUCGGACGGAUGUGUCCACAGGUUCGAGAAAUUGCUGCUCUCCAGCUGUACCACUACGACCUCAGCAACUUGAAUGGGCAGCGAUGUCUUCAACAGCACUAUCUUGGGCUCCGAACCUAUCGAUGGUAUAUGGAGUCAAACUCAGAUAAGUUCGCAUGUGAAGACUGCUCUAUGAGCAAAACGAGUGUGUGCAUGCGGUGGUUGGGUGGGAAUGCGUUUCUUAUACUCCCGCUGAUUCCGAAGUUCAGGACACUAGGGCUUGCAUCAGAGGACCUGGGCUAUUGGAUUUGGGAUGGAGUAGAGGCUUAGGUAUCGGGGGAUUAUUUUCGGGACAUUGUACUCGUGCUAAAGAUUAGGGGCUAUAGCAG